CACGCACUCUCAGACAUACUUCAAAUGACCUUCCUCUCCUUCUUCUCCCUCUGAAUUCUGCCUGUGUAUCUCUAUAUCUGUCAAAUCCAUACAUAAAAAACAUGAAAAAUAUAUCAAGAAAAAAAAUCACAAAUAUAGAAAUAGCUGCUUGAAAGAGGAGAUAUUUUUUUUUUUUGGAAAAGAGCUUGGAUCCGACACGUUGGACCCAUUCGCUCUUUCUCCCUCUCUAUUUCUCUCUCUGGUUCUUGAAACUUUGCUUCUUCUUUUUUUUUUUUUACAAGAGAAUGAGACCUACAUUCACGCAACUUCAUGGUUAAUGGUCUUUUCUUCAUUCAAUACCAAAAAGGUAUACUUAAUUUCUCGUGCUCCACUUGGAAUUUGCAUCUUCGCAUGGUAGAGCAGCAAUUAGCACUGAGAUUUGUAAGUUGAGUCAUAAUAAUGGGCGGCUGUGUAUCAACUCCAGCAACCACAAUCAGGGUAAGGAAGAAAAACCAUCGCCGCCAUAGAAAAAACCAUAGAAAGAAUUCAAACUCAGGUCUAGUAGUAACCAGCAGGAAAAGAAACAGCGAUUCGCGGGUGACAGAUAUUGCUGUUAGUGAGUUUGUUCAUACUACUACAACCUGCAGAACAUCUGAGGUCUCCAAUUCCACAUUUCAUCUUACUCAGUUGCAGUGGCAGCAUAGUCAAAUAGAUGCUAACGUUCUUUGCCAAGAAGAAGCAUGGUUUGACACCCACAGCAUGUUUGAGUCCGACUCAGAUGACGACUUUAGUAGUGUUCAUGGAGAUAUUUUCCCCAACACUUCAAGUGGACAAGUACUUCAGUAUGAAACUUCAUCAUGCUUUAUUGAUAGCAAACUCAAGUACAAUGAACUUCCAUCCCUAGGGAAUACCAAAAAGAAGAAGAAUUUGGAUCGUGCCUUUGCAAGUUUUAAAAGUGUUAAAAAGGAGAUAUUUCAGAUGCAAGAGAAAACUCAGGAGAAUGUUUUCAAGUCUGUUUUACCGAAGCUGGUAAAUUCCUUGAGUUUCAAUGACAAAAUCAUAAAUGGAUCAAAUUCAGCUCCACAUUCUCAAGUAAAGAAGUCAACUAUUAUACGGCUCUCUCUGAAGAGGACAUCUGUUGAUGGAGAAGAAACAAAUGAAUUUCGUUCUUCAAGAAAGUAUCUUCGCCGCCCCAUGGCUGGGCUUUCAAUUCCUUGUUGCACAGAAGAAAUGUCUAUUUCAGGAAGUUGGUCAAAGAUUGAGCCCUCAAACUUUAAGCUCCGUGGUGAUAGUUAUUUCAAAGAUAAGAGGAAAACCCCUGCUCCUAAUGUGUCUCCUUAUACUCCAAUUGGGGUCGACUUAUUUGCUUGCCCAAGAAAGAUCAAUCAUAUAGCACAACAUAUUGAGCUUCCUUCUAUAAAAGGAGAUGAAAGAAUACCUCCAUUACUAAUUGUUAACAUUCAGUUGCCCACUUAUCCUGCUCCCAUGUUUGUUGGUGAUGCUGAUGGAGAAGGCUUGAGCCUUGUAAUAUAUUUCAAACUUUCUGAAAGUUUUGAGGAGGAAAUCUCUCCUCAGUUUCAGGACUCCAUCAAGAGAUUCAUCGAGGAUGACAUGGAAAAGGUGAAAGGAUUUGCAAAAGAAUCGAUUGUUCCUUUCAGAGAGAGGUUGAAGAUUAUGGUCGGGUUGGUUAAUCCAGAUGAGCUUGUUUCAAGUUCAACUGAAAGGAAGCUUUUGAAUGCUUACAAUGAAAAGCCUGUGCUUUCCCGCCCUCAACACAAUUUUUAUCAGGGCCCGAAUUACUUUGAAGUUGAUCUUGACAUUCAUCGCUUCAGCUACAUAGCAAGAAAGGGUUUUGAUGCUUUUAGAGAACGUUUACAACAUGGAAUACUUGAUUUUGGUCUAACAAUUCAGGCACAGAAGCCAGAGGAGCUGCCAGAGAGAGUGCUUGGUUGUGUUAGAUUGAACAAGAUUGAUUUUAUUGAUCAUGGCCAAAUACCAACACUUGUGAGAGUUGAGGAAGAUUAUUGUUCAGAACAAUACAGCUAAUGCAUGUAUGUUGCAUAGGGGAGUAGAUGUUAUGUUAGUGUAUCUUGAGCUUUAUGUAUAUAGCUCAAUUGUUUUUAAAAAUACACAUUCAAUAUUAAAUUCGCACCAAUUGCUACUAACUCACUAAGUUAUAGUAGAUGCAGAGGUAUUUCAAAUCCACUAAGAGGAGUAAGGCGCUCCUUGUCAAAAGGUUAUUCAAGAAGAGCUCCUUGUCAAAAGGUUAUCCUUUCCUGAAGUUUUAGUUCAACAUUCCUAAUUAGGAGUGAAGGAAUUUCAACUAUUUCACCACACACCUCGAUAUGAUAGAGUUAUACUGUUUGGUGGAAAAGGAUAUCUUAUUUGUGAUUAUGGGGUUAUUUCUAAAUUAAAGCAUUAUGCUUGUGUAA